AUGGAUGAUGAAGUUUCUGGCCUCCUGCGCACUGCUUGUGGUCAAACAAAACUUCUCAUUUCUGAAAAGUUUGCCCAAUUUCGUGGUUUGUGUCAUCAGAAUUUGUCAUGGGAAAAAUCGAAAAUUGAUGGAACUACUGAUUGUGUGAAUGAUUCUAAUACUUUAGUCACUUUAAUAAGUGAUUUGGACGGUUUUUGGGCAAUGGUUUCUCUUCAAGUGGAUGAGGUUCGUAAUCUCUUCAAGCAAGUGGAUUGUUUGCGUUCUAAUCAAUGGAAGAUGACGAAAACUCCAUUAUCAAAUGAGAACUCCGCUAUUUCCCCAGGAAAUCAAAAGGGAAAUCGAAGAGUAGUCAAGUCUAGUGUAAAUAAGAAAAAUGAUACUGUUGCCAGGCAACAAGCUCGUCAGCGCCUUGAACAAGCUAAACGUAAUAUGCAGCUGCUGAAUUCAAACAGCUCAUCUGAGAACCCGGUGAAACCAAACCUUUAUAUUGUAUAG